AUGCUUAACACAAAUAACUGGGAGAUUAUGAAACUGACAGGGAGCUAUUACCCCUUAAAGCAUAUGGUCCAUUUAUCAAAUUUCUUCCACCUGCCAAGCCAGCAACGUUCAAACAAAAGAGCAAUCAAUACAAAGAGUUGUUCUGUACCAGGUAGUAGAAGAAACUCAAGGGAUUCGUCGUCUGCGACGUCGUCUGCGGAAACCACUUUCGAAGAAGGUCGAAACUGGUUAUACAAGCAGUUACAUCUUCAUCAACAAAGCCAGCAGUCGACCAAGUCUGACUUACAGCUAAAUAAUAGUAAAAGCAGCGGCAGACAUCAAGCAGUUAGUGCUCCCGCAACCCCACCCCUUCUAUCCCCUUCUGUGUCGAAACAAACAGUCGCCACAGUAAAAAGUGUUGAUUCUCAAGCCGAUACUACGUCUACAUCCGGUACUAUGAGUAACAAACUACAUAAAUUGAAUACGGCAAAUCUUCGUGAAUAUGGAGAAUGUUACAAACGAUUGGGUAAGGGUUCCACUGCUGUUAUCUCUAUUUGUCGCAGUAAAACUGUUUUUUCGACAUCCAACAAACCUGACGCUGCAGGCAGCACCAAAUGUUCAAAGCUCUAUGCGAUCAAACAGUUUAGAAAACGCAACAAGAAUGAAACAGAAAAAGAAUAUAUGAAAAAGUUGACAAGUGAGUUCUGUAUUUCGUCCACUUUCCAUCAUGUCAAUAUCGUGGAGACAAUCGAUUUAGUUUUGGAUGAUCAACAGAGAUAUUGUACAGUCAUGGAAUAUUGUCCUGGUGGCGAUCUAUUUAGUGCUAUCAUGUCCGAGCACAUGACAAACAUAGAGAUGAGUUGCUGCUUCAAGCAAAUGAUACAAGGCCUUGCUUAUUUACACUCGGUGGGUGUUGCUCACCGUGAUAUCAAACCCGAGAAUCUUUUGCUUACUCUCGAUGGAAAAUUGAAGAUCACUGAUUUUGGUGUCUCGGAUGUAUUUCGUUGUGUUUGGGAAAAGACGAGUCAUAAGAGUCGCGGACUUGUAGGAUCAGAACCUUAUAUAGCACCUGAAGCCUUCGAGAAAAGCCAUGAGUACUGGGGUGCCAAUGCUGAUAUAUGGUCUGCUGGUGUCGUUUUGUAUGCUAUGUAUCGCGGCGGCCAUGCUUGGAUCAAAGCUGACCAGAAGUCUGAUAAAGAAUAUCGGUUUUAUCUACGUCAUUAUGCUCAAAGAACCUUCCCUAAUUUCAGCAAAUUGCCAGAUCCCAUACGCAGAAUGCUUUACCUUAUGCUGGACCCCAAUCCAAAUACGCGUGUCACAGCCCAGCAGAUUUUAGAAGAUGAUUGGGUGAGGAAUGUUUUGAUUUGUGAGAAGGGUAUAGAUGCUCUGAAUAGAGACCAUCACCAUACAAAUUUAUCAUGUCUCAAAAACAUUUAG